UUCUCUGUUGCAGGUAUUUCCCACGCCAGCUGAGCGAGCAGUGCACGCCCCUUGCAGUGAUUUCCAUGAUGGAAAGCCUCGGAAUGAUCAAUAAGUACAGAAUUAGCAAGGAUUCACUAGCCAGGUUCACCCUGAUGUGCGCAAGGCUACCGAGACCCGCCUACCACAACUGGUCCACGCCUUCUCCGUCACACACUUUGCCUCCUCCUGCUGUACACCUCCGCCUGAUGGAGAUCGGCGCGCCCUCACGCACCUGGAGGGCCUGGCGCUCAUCGUGUCCUCCAUGUGACCCGACCACCGCGGCACAACUAAUUCCUUCCAGGUGGCGAGCAACUCCGUUCUGGCGUCCCUCUACUCCUCCGAGGGCUCUGUCAUGGAGCGCCACCACCUCGCGCAGGCCAUGUGCAUCCUCAACACGGACGACUGCAACUUCCUGGAGAAUUUGUCACAGCAGGAGUACACGCAGUUCCUCGACCUUAUGAGGGAUAUCAUCCUCGCGACGGACCUGGCGCACCACCUCCGCCUUGUCUCCGAGCUGCGGGAGGUGGCCGAGACAGGCUACGACGGACAGAACUCGAGACAUCACGAGCUCCUCAUCUGCCUCCUCAUGACCGCAGCCGAUCUCUCUGACCAGACCAAGGAUUGGCAGUCUUCCAAGCACGUGGCGGAGCUCAUCUACAAGGAGUUCUUCACCCAAGGGGACCUGGAGAAGGCCAUGGGGAACAUGCCUCUCGAAAUGAUGGACCGCGAGAAGGCCUUCAUACCCGAGCUGCAGCUUCAGUUCCUCGACGACGUGGCCAUCCCCGUCUACGAGCUGUUGGCGAAGAUGUUCCCGGGGGCUUCUGAUCCUUACCACAACAUCCAAGCCAGCAGGAAGAACUGGGCCAAGCUGCGGGACGUUUACAAGCGCAGGAAGCCGGAAUCGACGAGCUCCUUGGACAUAUUCGAGGACGACUCACUCGAGGAGGACCUUGCCAAGGAGUUGUGAGGAGGAGCUGCGUGCAGUGGCUGUGCUUGGCGUUGCUUGUUCGUGGUCCAAGUUGAAGGGGAAAGGGGCCAGGUCCGAGUGGAGGGCCGAUUUGCUGCUGUUUUGGAGGAACGAUGGGCAGUGCUGUGUGUGGUGUGUGUGUGUGUGUGUGUGUGUGUGUGUGUGUGUGUGUGUGUGUGUGUGUGUGUGUGUGUGUGUGUGUGUGUGUGUGUG